UAAUUGAAUUUUAUUCAAUUAAGUUCGAAUAAGUUUAGUUAUGAUAUAGUUCGAAUAUAUUUAUUCGAAUAUAUUUUUUCGAACUAAAAAAAAUCAAACUGUAAGACCAACACAACUACGCGAUGAGUUUGAGUAAACUUUUUGCUGGUAGGAAAAGGAAUAGUUCAGUAUGGAAAUGGUUUAAAUACGAUGCGUCAUCCGACAAAUCAGUAUGUUUAGUUUUACUUGAUGGUGAAAAAGUAUGCAAUACAAAGUUGUGUGGAAAGAACCCAACAAAUCUUAAACUACAUUUAGCAAGAAACCAUAAGUCUGUACACGUUGAGCUGGAAGAGUCGGAAUUAAAGAAAUUAAGUGAAAAAAAGCAAACAGGGAUAAAGAGAAAAGCAGUGGAUAAAAAUGGACCCACUCUUUUAGAAUCGUCCUCAAAUCAGAACCAGACCUUGAUUCGAUGCAUUAAUCGUAGGAAUACCGCAUGGCCUAUUAAUUCACACGAGCAUAAAAUUCGACUAAACUCUCUUAUUCAAAUGAUAAUUGCAACAUGUAAUCCAGUGACAUUGGUGGAUAAUGCGAGUUUUAGAAAGUUAGUUAAUACCUUGGAUUAUAAAUUUUCAUUGCCUGCUUCUGCCAAAAUUACUAGCCUACUUAAUGAAGAAUUUACUGUUUUAACGAGAAAACUUCGUGACUUCAUAUCUGAAGGCAGGCGCUUCACAAUAUGCCUUGAUGGCUGGACUAAAAAAGGUCUUACUGCGUCUUUUUUAGGAAUUUCGGUUUGUUUUUUUCACUUCAAAUCCGAAAAACCAAUACAUGCUCUGCUUAAUUUGUAA